CUUUCGGCUCCACUGGGAGGCAUGUUCUCUGGACAGCCACUCAGACCUCCGCAACCUCCAUCGGGGCUCCUGGGCCAGGCUUCGCUUCUUCAGGCCAUGCCAGGCAUUCCAAGAACUUCUAACAGUAUUUUGGUGGACAAGUUAGAGUCAUCUUUUAAAGCUUGCUUUCCUUCUCUGGUGAGUCAAAAUUAUGUCAAUGGUACAGAUCAGGAAGAAAUUCGAACUGGUGUUGACCAGUGUAUCCAGAAAUUCCUGGAUAUUGCAAGACAGAUAGAAUGUUUUUUCCUACAAAAAAGAUUGCAGUUAUCUGUCCAGAAACCAGAGCAAGUUAUCAAAGAGGAUGUCUCAGAACUGAGGAAUGAAUUACAGCGAAAGGAUGCUCUGGUCCAGAAGCACUUGACAAAACUAAGACAUUGGCAGCAGGUGCUGGAGGACAUCAACAUGCAGCACAAAAAGCCAGCCGACAUCCCCCAGGGCGCCCUGGCCUACCUUGAGCAGGCGCCUGCAAAUAUCCAUGCGCCGAUGAAGCAAACCUGA